CCCCGCAAGCGACAAAGGCAGGGUUUGCCCGCAGGGAGCCCCGCGUGGGCUGGGAGCCGCGAGGGGCCCCGGAGCUGCGGCAGGGCUGUCCCCGGCAGGUGCGGCUCCGCAGGCGCAGGAGGCAGGACGCGGAGGGCGAGGCGGCUCCGGGCGGCGCGGACGGGCGGCGGCCGCGGGAGGGCGCGGCGGGAGCGGCGCGGACGCCGCCGCUGAAGAUGUCGGCGCGGCGGCCCUGGCCGUGGUGGCUGCUGCCGGCGCUGCUGUGCGGCGGCGCGGGGGGGUACGUGGUGGUCAGCUCCGUGUCGUGGCCGCUGCCCGAGGCGGGGGCGGCGGCGGACGAGCUGCACAGCUCCUCCACCGAGGAGGCGCUGCCCGCGCUGCUGGAGGAGGCGGGCGGCCUCUGGAAGCAGAGCUACCCGGCCUCGGCGUUCCGCGAGGAUGCGGCGCUGGGCUCCGGGCCGGGGGAGCGGCGGCCGGGGCGAGGGGCCGCACCCUCCAGGAUGUUCUCCUACCGGCGGGAGGGCGGCGGGGCGACGGGACGAGCCGGGACCGCCCGCUUCCUCGCCCAACACAGCACCUGGGGCUUCGUGGCGACGCGGGCCGCCCGAGGAAAGAUCCAAGGUAUGCCCUAUGGGAACUGUUUGCUUCUCAGCGAUGGUCCCAUCAAUAACAGCACUGGAAUCCCCUUCUUUUAUGUGACACCAAAGGAUAACACUGUGACAGAUCUUCUGAAGAAUCCCAUUGCUUCUCUGACCCUGCCAGAGGCAGAUGGAAAUUUCUGCAGAAGAAACGUAAUUGAUCCAGAGGAUCCAAGGUGCGCCAGGCUGACUCUCACAGGACAGAUGGUCACGGUGCCUCCGGAGGAAAUAGAAUUUGCCAAGCAAGCAAUGUUUUCCAGGCACCCAGUGGUAAGAAAGUGGCCUCGUAGCUAUGAGUGGUUCUUCAUGAAAAUGAACAUUGAACACAUCUGGCUUCAAAGCUGGUAUGGAGAAGUUUCUCCCAUUGCAGUAGAAGAGUAUUUAAAAGCAGUUCCAACUAAAGGAUGA